AUGUCGCGCUUCAGUGAUCGCAUCUUUGAGUACAACUCCCAACUUGACGCUUUCACACUCUACCACCUGAUUCAGGAAGAGACGGGGAGUAAGAACCGAUUCGAUGGACCCGCCUUACCUGCUCUAGGCCAUGCUUUGGCUGGGGCUGUUGCGAGUGCCCUUUCGAAGAGUGUUGUCUACCCCAUCGAUACGAUCGUCACGCGGAUGCAAGUGCAGAAGGGACUGAAGGGCGAGAAAGAGGCAGACAGUGCGGCGAAUGGGGCUGGUGUGGAGUACAAAGAUCCCGUUGAUGCGGCGAGGAAGAUCUACAAGAACGAGGGAGGACUGUCUGCUUUCUACGCAGGCCUGAAUAGCGACAUCGCGAAACACGUUGGAGAUGCCUUCCUAUUCUUCCUGGCAUACAACGCGGCGCGAGACCGACUUCUGAAGCAACAGGGCGGAAAGCAGUUGAGCGUGGCCACAGAGCUGGGCGUCGGCGUGGUGGCAGGAGCCUUGAGCAAGGUAGUCACACAACCCAUCUCAAACAUCGUGGUACGCCAGCAAACAGCAGCCCUAACAUCAGCCCGAGAUCCCACCUCCAGCUCCUCUUCCAGGGACAAUCAGAGCGUCCGCAACAUCGCCAACCAAAUCCGCAGCGAAAAGGGCCUCGCAGGCUUCUGGUCCGGCUACAGCGCCCAGCUCAUCCUCACCCUCAACCCAGCCAUGACCUUCGCCGCAGACAACAUCCUCCGUUCCCUGCUCCCAAAACGCUACCGCGAGAACCCCUCUGCAAGUCAGACUUUCUUCAUCGCAGCCCUCUCUAAAGUCAUCGCAACCUCCCUAACCUACCCCGUCAUGCUCGCCAAAUCUCGCGCCCAAGCAUCCAGCUCCCCACCACCGUCCCCAUCCUCCGACAACGACAGCGAUCCCGAAUACCACAAGAUCGACACUACCGCCUCGCCCACUCAACUCCGCCUGACACAAGCCCGCCGCGCCCUACAACAAACCUUAACACAACUAUCCCGUCUCCUCGAAGGCCAAGCCGCCUUACUCCGCUCCCUACGUAAAAUCUACGCCCACGAAGGCCUGGGCGGGUUAUACUCCGGCCUAGAGGGUGAAGUCGUCAAGGGCUUCCUGCAGCAUGGCUUGACGAUGAUGGUCAAGGAGAAUGUUCACGGUGGCGUCAUUCAGCUUUACUACGUCUUGCUGAAGUUGACGAAGAGGUGGCCGGCGGAGUUUAAUUUGGAGACCGUGAAGAAGGAUGCGGAGGCUGUGGCGAGGGAUGCGGCGCACAGGGCGGAGAAUGUG